CAGAUAAGGAGUGCAAGAUGGAUUACGCUGUCUGAGCCGCUUGUCGGCCGCACCCCGUCCGUGUGUUAUGAAAAAAUAGGAAAGAGAUAUCCCUUUCGGUGGUUCAUUCUAGAGGCCCCUCGCCGCCGUCGAAGAAAAAAAGGAGGAGAGUUCGCCGAGGCUGCUGUCGCGGGUGGCGGCGCCGGUGCCGUCGACGGUGCUUGACCGUGAAGCUGGGUGCGGAUGGACAUCGAGGGAAUGGAAUUCCUACUGGAUGCGGUCGACAGGUUCCCCGUGUGGGAGGAGUUUGCCGACAACCUUGACCACAUAGAUCCAGUCCCGCUGAUGUACCUUCUGGAUAAUGGGGCUGCUAAUCAGGAUAUUCGCCAGGGGGAUGUUGAUUCCGGGAUAACUGAGAUGGUGUGCGAUGGUGUGCUCACCGACGCUCAGGUAGGUGGCCAGCGUAGGCGUGAUGAAUCUCCGACGAGGUCUGCCCAGUCGACGGGAAGAGUAAAUCGGCAGGCCCCCGGCUGGACUAAAAGGCUUCGUCUCGGGAGUGUGCCACCGGACCGUGUGCCCUGUCCAUCAAGGAUGAGCGCCCUGGAGCUAUCAAGUAAAUACGCUGAGCAACCUGACAAGAAUGUGGUCCGACCUGAGCUAGGUCUUAGUUUUGAUUCACUGGGCGAGGCGUAUGAUUUCUACAACUUGUAUUCUUGGGAAAUCUGUUUUGGGAUAAGAUAUGGAAAAAGCAGGCUGAACGCCGAGAGAACCAAAAGCAUACAGGAGAUAGUUUGUGGUUGUUCGGGGAAACCAGACGCUGAAAACAGCAGAUCGUGCAUGUGCGAGUGCCCGGCUCUGAUCAGACUGUUACGUGCAUCAGACAACAGUUGGUACAUAACAGAGCACCGGGCGAGCCACAAUCAUUCGAUGUCGCUUACAAUGGGAGAGAAAGUGCACUAGCCAUCUCAUAAACACAUAGACGUCUAUACCAAAGAUUUAAUAAGGCAGUUGAGGGAGAACAACGUCAACCUUGGCAAUGUAUACAUCAUAAUUGGGAGCUUCUUUGGUUCGGUUGAGAAGGUGCCUUUCACUAAAAGGACACUGAGGAACAUUUGUGAGAAGAUUAGUCGUGAGCAGGUUGAAGAUGAUGUACGGAAGACACUACAGGUGUUUGCCUACAUUCGGUCGAGUGACCCUGGAUUCUCCUUUGUGGUGCUCGCCGAGAAAGACAACAAGGUGAAGAAUCUCAUGUGGGCUAAUGGGAGCAGCAGGAUGCAGUACAAGUUCUUUGGUGACGUGGUCACAUUCGACACCACAUACAGGACAAAUCUGUACGACAUGCCAUUCGGUCUAUUUGUUGGAGUUAACAAUCACUAUCAGAGUAUCAUCCUGGCAGGAGUGUUGAUGCGCGACGAGCAGGAAGAGAGCUUCGAAUGGCGUGUUUUCAGAAUUCAUUCGCAUGAUGGGCGGACCUGCACCAAAAACAAUACUAACAGACCAAUGCAGAGCAAUGGAGGUUGCGAUCAAGAAAAUUUAUCCAAACACUGUCCACCGUUGGUGCAAGUGGCAUGUUCUGAAGAAGGCGAAGGAAACACUGGGGCUGUUUUACACGAAAAAGUGUGAUUUCCAAGCUGAAUUUCACAAAGUUGUUAACCACAUGUUAGCUGAGGAGGAAUUUGAAACAGCCUGGGACGCGCUGCUUGAUAAGUACAACUUGAGGGGGCCUAACUAUAUGACCCAAAUAUAUGAGACAAGACAUAAAUGGGCAAAACCAUAUUUAAGAGGUGUGUUUUGUGCAAAAAAUGACAAGUACACAGAGGAGUGAGAGUGCAAACCAUAUGCUGAAGUCAUACAUGCCCCCCGCAAGCCCGAUGCAUGUUUUUGUCCGGCAAUACAUGAGGCUUCAGUUUGACCGUGAGCGCAAUGAAAGCUACGAGGAGAAGAGGACAAUGAUUGGAGGCGCCGUGCGGCAGGCUAACCUUGCGAUAGAGCGCCAUGCCAGCAAAAUAUAUACAAGGAAUAUGUUUGAGGAAUUUGGCCGCCUCCUAAUAGAAGGAACUGCAUACAAUGUGACUGAAGUAGAAAGGAUGAGGAAAUACAUCACAACUCACAAUAAUGCAGCAAAGAGAGAGAAGUGGAGUAGAGUGGAGUAAGAGGUGACAGUUAACGAAGACAAAUCAAUGUUCACAUGCGAAUGUGGUCAAUUUGAGCACACAGGAAAUCAAUGCUUUGCUGCCAUGCUUUGAGGGUGAUGGAGAUUCUACAUCUUGAUGAAAUCCCUAAGUACCAUAUCCUGAAAAGGUGGACAAGAGAUGCGAGGGUUAUACUACCGGAUCACCUGGUUCAAUACCAGAACGACAAAUCGCAUAAUUUGUCGUGCGUACAGGCAUGCAACAUUAUAUUUUAAAGCCAUGGAAGUUGUGUGAAUGGGGACGCAAGUGUUGCAUGCUAUGACUACAUGCAUUCUGGGCUGGACUCUGCUGCGGGGUGGAGCGCCUCUGGCGGUCGCGCGGGAUGGAUUGGCAUUCAAGGAUCGUCUCAUUGAAAAUGGAAAUGCCAGUGUAACUUGCAACCGCGAUCCUGCUUUGGUUGAUCAGGAGGCUGACCAAUGCAACAGUGCUGUGAAUUCUGUCGGCAUGAGGCAUGAAUGAACUUCAGUGCCUCGUAGCACCAGAAAAGCGUAGAGGAUCUGGCAGGCCGACAAGCAACAGGGAGAAGGCACUGUACGAAGGGCUGAGUAAAAGUACCAGGUUCUGCAGCAUUUGCCGCCGCGAGGGGCACAAGAGGACCACAUGUCCAGAGCGAGGGGAUGCUCCGAAGAAGCCACGGAAACGGCAGAUGCCAGAACUGCGGAAUAGAAGGACACCGGGGAACACAUGCAAGAGGCCUCUUGGGUUUGCCGAGAGCUGAGCUGUGCAAUUUUCGGUCGAUGAAUAUGUAUUUGUCUUUUUCAUGAGGUCUGAUCUGCAGUCCGUCCCGGAUCAGGAUUUGUAUGCUGUUCCAAUAUGAGAUAUCAUGGUCUUGCAUUCCUUGGGCAAGCAGAAAAAAAUGUGGGAUGUUGUGAGAACAAUUUGAUAGCUAGUCUGAGAUGUACUGUCCAUGUUUGUAACGAUCUAGAGUUGUGUCCUAGAGCACGCAUAAGGAUUUAUGGUUUUCUGAAAAAUUUGGUAGCUAGUCUGAAUUUACCAUCUGCUGUUUGAGAUGAUAUCAACACGUAAACUUUAGUAUUGUUACCAUGUU